AUGACGGCCGACCUAGCCAUCGCCAAUGCAACCGAAACUCCCAACUCGAACAAGCUCAGCCUGGAAUUGCGCUUUCAGGAGCAGCUGAGCGAAAAUAGCAACGUCCAGAAGACAAGGCAGCCAAGCUGGUGGAAAGAUGUAGUGGUUUAUCAGGUGUGGCCAGCUUCUUUCAAGGACUCAAAUGGGGAUGGCUUGGGCGAUCUGCGUGGAGUCAUCUCCAAGCUAGACUACUUGAAGGAGCUUGGUGUGGACGUUGUCUGGCUAUCACCUAUAUACGAUUCUCCACAGGAAGAUAUGGGCUACGAUGUCUCUGAUUACAAUAACAUUUACCCGCCGUACGGGACUAUGGAUGACAUGGAGGAGCUGAUUGCCGGCCUACAUAUCCGUGGAAUGAAGAUCAUCAUGGAUCUAGUCAUUAAUCAUACCAGCAGUGAGCACUGGUGGUUCAAGGAGAGUUACAAGAGCCGGCAGGGUAAAUACGCAGACUUCUACAUGUGGAAGGACGCGAAGGUAGGCCAAGAUGGCCGACGGGAACCUCCAAGCAACUGGGGAAGUGUUUUUGGAGGAAGUGCUUGGGAGUGGGUCGAGGAGAGACAGCAAUACUAUCUACACAUCUUCUCAAAGGGCCAGCCAGAUCUCAAUUGGGAGAGUGCUGAGGCGAGAAAAGAGAUUCAUGAGAGUGCCAUGCGAUUCUGGUUCAAGAAGGGUGUCGACGGCUUUCGAGUCGACACUUGCGAUAUUUACAGUAAAGAUCCCGAGCUACGGGACACAGAACCUACCCCACGCACUGCACCAUUUGGAGACCCUCAAACCGCUAUGGAGAGCGGCCCCAGGAUCCAUGAAUACUGGCGGGCUAUCCGAAAGCAAGUGCUCGACGAUUUUGGCGACCCACUCAUGGUUGGGGAGAUGUCGCUGACCAGUUUCGAGGACACUCUUAAGUACAUCGGGCGUGAACCAAGAGAGCUGAGCAUGAUCUUUGACUUUACCUACGCCACACUUGGUACUCUACACGACCAACCUCUGCACCAUCCGCACCCGUUCAAGCUCUCCGAAGCAAAGGCUGCCAUGAAGAGGACGCAAGAUUAUGUCGCCCAUCCGGCAGCAUGGUCCUCUGUUUUCAAGGAGAAUCAUGACUUCCCUCGCAGCGUUUCGCGUUUUGGGACCCAAAAUCCCAAAUACUGGAAACCGGCUGCAAAAUUGUUAGCAAUGAUGACGGCCACGCUGUCAGGAACCCUCUUCCUCUAUCAAGGCGAGGAAAUCGGUAUGACAAACAUCCCAGACGCAUGGAGUGUCGAAGACCUGAAGGAUAUCUCGUCGAUAAACUACUGGAAUCGGAUGAAGGAACAGUAUCACGACGACAAGGAGAUGAUGGCAAAUGUUUGGAAAGCUAUUGUCAACUACAGUCGAGACAAUGGGAGGACUCCGGUCCAAUGGUCCAGCGAAAAGAAUGCCGGCUUCACUACUGGGAAGCCUUGGAUGAGGGUUAACGACAAUUACAAGUCCAUCAAUGUCGAGGAUCAACAACAAGAUAAAGACAGUGUUCUAGCAUUCUGGCAGCAGCUUCUGCAGCAGCGAAAGCUGCACAAGGAUAUCUUCGUAUAUGGCAGCUAUGAGGUCCGCAACUUUGACAACGAACAGACCUGGACGUUCAUGAAGCAGGGUGACAAUGGGCGGACAGCAUGGAUCGUGCUGAACUUCUCUGAAGAGGAUGCCGCCAUUGAUUUGCCCAUCAAGCAUGGCAAAUUGAUCUUGUCCAACAUGCCCUCGAAUGGAGACAGCCUCAUAGAUCGACUCAAACCAUUCGAAGGUAGAAUCUACAUGGGUUCGCAAACAUACAUUAGGGAGAAAUAG